GCCUUCGGACACUCUAUUGUCCCAUCCUCAACAAGUCGCCAGCAUGGGAUUGUGGCUUCUACCUUUUGUGUUAAGCGGAUGUCUAGCAUUACCGGGGAGACCAACUCCUCACCAUCCAGGACAGGAACUUAUAGACAUCGCAAAGCAGACUUACUUGGAGGGACAAAGCAGGAUUGUUGGAGGAAGUGAUGCCUUCAUAAACAAUGUCCCAUGGCAGGCAUCAUUGGAAGUGAACGGCAAUCAUAUUUGUGGUGCCAUCAUUCUAUCGAAUCGCUUCAUUCUCACAGCUGCUCACUGCGUUGGAAGUAGCAGCCCCAGUUCUUACGUUGUGCAUGUGGGAAGUGCGUCCAGGUCAGGACCAGGAGGCUCCAGACAUAGCGUAGCGGAUUUGAAAAAACACGAAAAAUUUGAAAAUAGCGCCACCACUCCAGAUGGUGCCUUCCCAUAUGACGUUGCACUUCUGAAGCUAAGCGACCAAAUUACUCUCGACACGAAUAAAGCUGCUAUCAGCUUGACUUCAGUGACAAACACCGAAUUAGCGGGAUACGAUUUAUAUGAAUGUUUGAUUUCCGGAUGGGGUAGAACAAAAGAGAACAGCAAUAGUCCAUUGCCUGAUCAGCUUCAGCAGACGAAUGUUAAAAUAUUGACCGAUAGCCGUUGCAGUGGUAUCAUUGGAAGCAGUUCCAUGAGAGGGGACAUUCACAUUUGCGUUGACGGUGAAGGAGCUAGUGGAGGAUGCAACGGUGAUAGUGGCGGUCCAUUAGCAUGUAAGGUCGGCGAUGAAUACCAACUUGCUGGCGUGACUUCAUUUGUAUUUGGAGGAUGUUUGACGUCAUAUCCUACAGUGUAUGCUGAGACAUAUGCCUUCCGGGAAUGGGUCCAGACAACCAUGAACAGCAUGUCAUUGUAAUAAUGUUGUGCUAUCAAUAAAAUGAUUCAAUUAUG